GAGAUCUUGAUGUAGCACACUCUGCGCCUCUUCCGUCUGUAGAUGUGGCUGCAUAUCCAUAGCCUAUCGCCUUCAACAGAAGUUUAAGCCCAUCAAAACCACUGGAAAAAUGUAUUUCAGGAAUCAUUCACUGUCUCAGCUCAAGAGGACUGGCCCAUCCCUACCCAGAAAAGGAAUAGCUUCCACAGGGGCGCCCGUGCCCUGCAAUUGUUCUUUCUCCCCCAAAUGAAAGUGGAUUCUGAGGGUCAGACUGGUGAGGAGCCGUGUGCCAGCUGUGAGGAGAAAUCUAGUUUCUCACAGGCUCUGAAUGGUUCCAUACAAUUCUUCCUUGAUGAGUUUUGUUGGUGGAGACAGUCCUGAUGCGCACCCCCAUCCCAGCAACCUGUCCUGCACAGGAGGCCGGCCAGCGCAGUGGGAAGGCUGUGGUUGGUGCAGGGUGGUCCUCAGCACCCUCCCAUUCCUGCCACCUUGCCAGAGAGGUAGAUCACAGAGAGCGGCUGUCUCCCUUCCUUUCCCCGAGCUCUGCUCGCUGCACCUGUCUAGGCUCGCGGAGGCUCCUCCCGGGUCCUGGCUCUCCGCCCCCUCCCCUGUCCAGGCUUUCAGAUGCCCGCCGCUCCCCUGCGCCGACUCCUUGCCUCCCCUCCCCUGGCCAUCGUCCUGCCCCUCUCUGGGCUGCAGGCCACAGGCGGUCACAAUGGCCGGCUGGCGUCAGCGCGCGCAGGGACCCGGGGUCGCACUGCGGUCCCGCGCCCACUCCCUGGCUGCGCCCCGGCUCGAGGGCAGCGAGCGGUGUCCGUUGGCCCUGGGGCGGCGCGGCCAUGGGCACACGCGGGCCGCACGUGCUGGUGGACACCACGCCCGCCAAGACCAUCCUGGUGUACCGCAACGGGGACGCGUUCUUCGUGGGCCGGAGGUUCGUGCUGCCGCGGCGGCCCGUGGCCACCUUCGAGGCGCUGCUGGACCAGCUCACCGAGCGGAUGGAGGUGCCUUUCGGCGUGCGGCGCCUGUUCACGCCGACGUGCGGGCACCCGGUGCUGGAGCUGCAGGCGCUGCGGGCGGGCGGCAAGUACGUGGCGGCCGGCCGCGAGCCCUUCAAGAAGCUCGAUUAUAUUCAUAUAGAGCCCAGAAAACCUGCAAAGAUGAGAAGGUUGAAGGAAAUCAAACCGGUGGUACAUUGUGAUAUGAAUGUGCCUUCCCGGUGGCAGACGCUUCACCGGACCUCCCGGCACGUUAAUGUUUUCACAAAUGGAAGACUAUUUAUCCCACCUGUAAAAGUCAUCAUACCCAAAUUCAGUCUGAUGGAAUGGAAUAGUGUGCUGGCCAUGAUUGGGGAAAAAGUCUUCCCUCUAGGAGGCGUGCGAAAGUUAUUUACCAUGAACGGGCAUCUCUUGGAGAACUCAAAGGACCUACAGGACAACCACUUCUACGUGGCCGCAGGACUGGAGACCUUCAAAUAUUUCCCUUACUGGAAGUCCUCCACGGUGCCCAGCGAGGUCCAACAAAAGUAUGCAGACAUCGAGAAAUGCUCACGAGGGAAGAGAAAAGUGGACGCCAAAGGAAAAGAACCUCAUAAGUAUGACGACAUUCCCUGUAAGGGAGACGAUUCUGUUUUUUAUGCCAAAGAGGGAAAGAAGAAAAUGCUCGUGGAUCAUUUAAUGCAAGGCGGCACAGAAGGUGACGUGUACAAAGCCCAGACUCCCCACACGGAAACCCAAGGAGCACCGGAAGUCAGAGAGGACGAUGACGUGCAGGUGGAGGCGCCCGCGGACCAGGCACCCGCGGAGGUAGUCAAGGAAGAUGAAGAGGUACUUCAUAGCGGCCCUGAUUUUGAAAGCCACAAGGAGAAAGAAGAGGAAAGUCCUUGUGAAGACAGCGACAGGAAGGAAGACAAUUCACGAAUGUCUUUUAAGAAAAGGGUUCCCUUAAGACACAACAAAAAGAAAAAAGCAUCUCUCAAGAACCUCAGCGAGAAUAAAAAAGUGGUUCCAUUUCCUGAAAAAGAACCAUCUGGCAUUCUAGAGGAAAGAAACACACCUGUACUACUAGAAACCCCACUAGAAAUAGAAGACCAAAGAGAACCACCAAUGGGACAACAACCACAAGAGUCAUCAUUGACACAAUCGGAAGAACAACCUGAGGAACUAGAAUUGCUCAAAGAGCCAUAUUGGAGACAAGCAUCCCAAGAACAGACACCUGACAAGCAAGAAUCACUUGAGUGGCCAUCCUUGGGACAACAAUUCCCAAAACAGAUACCUGACAAGCAAGAAUCAUUUGACUGGCUGUCCUUGGGACAACCAUCUCAAGAAGAGAUACCUGACAAAAAGGAGUCAUUUGAAUGUCCAUCCUUGGGACAACCAUCCCAAGAACAGAUACCUGACAAACAAGAAUCAUUUGAACAACCAUCACCGGGACAAAAAGAGAUGACUCAGGGGAAAAAACACUAAACAACAAAUACCAUGAAAGCAAAAUAUGAGCCACGUUGUAAGGAACAACAGUCAGAAGCUACAAAGGAUCAUAAGGCAAAUGAAAAUAAAAUUAGGCAUUUUUUCACAUUAUACAGAAGAGGUAUGCUAGUACAAUAUUAAAACUGUACAUUUCAUAUUUUGGUGGCCAACAUUAAAAACGAAUGACCAAG